ACACACACACACACACACACCGUGAGCUCGUCAUCUCCACGAGACGGAAGUGAGGACUUGUAGUCGUUGGAGCUCCUGAUGGUGACAUGACAAAUCAAACAUCUGGCUGAGAAAACACAGAAACAGACGCACACAGAUUUUACCUGGAGGAAGUCUUCUGCACAGACACAAAGGAUGCACGGCCGAGUGAAGAUUAAAUCCACAGCCCAGCAGGAGGAGGAGAAGAGGAAGGAGCGGGAGAAGAAGCUGAAGAUAUACGUGGCCGCACGAGAUGCAUGUUUCUCAAAGAGGAAGGAGGGUAUUUGGGAUGACGAGGCUCUGCAGCUCACCCAGCAGCUGCUGUCAUCCAACCCUGACUUCGCAACCCUGUGGAACUACAGAAGAGAGAUCCUGAUGCACAUCGAGACCGUGAAGGACGAGGAUGAAGUGCAGAAGGUUUACGAGGCCGAGUUGUCUUUUCUCGAGUCUUGCCUGAAGGUGAACCCAAAGUCUUACGGCAGCUGGCACCACCGUGGUUGGGUCUCAGCCCGCUUGCCUCGCCCGGACUGGGCCAGAGAGCUGAGCCUGUGUGAUCGUUGUCUGAGCCUUGACGACCGCAACUUUCACUGCUGGGAUUACCGCCGGAUGGUAGUGAAGAUGUCAGGUGUGCCUGUAGAUCAGGAGUUGGGCUUUACCGAUCGUCUUAUCGGCUCCAACUUCUCCAACUACUCCAGCUGGCACUACCGCAGCACCCUGCUGCCGCUGCUCCACCCGGAGUCUCCCGAGCCCCCAUCGCCGUGUCGCGAGCCUCCCCAUUCCUCCCCUCCACCUUCUCCGCAAACCCACUCCCAUCGCGUCUGCGAGGAGCAGCUGCUCAAAGAAUACGAGCUCGUACAAAAUGCUUUCUUCACUGACCCCAACGACCAGAGUGCUUGGUUCUACUAUCGCUGGUUGCUAGGCAGAGCCGAACGUGAGGAGAUGAUCAGCUGCGUGUAUGUCAGCCGGGAUGAGGAGCGAGUUGCCGUCGCCUUCUCCAGGCCUGUUAACGCGCAGUCCGUCGGCCUCCUGCUGGUGCUCGACGGUCAGCCCCAGCGAGUCGAGUGGAGGAGUGUGCACCCGCGCUUCAAACACAGCCCUGUGUGGAUCUGCGACCUUCCUCCUGGAACGAUAAGCGACAUCACGAACGAACACAAUCUGACCGUGCACUGGACUGAAAAACACACUCACAGAGACUGCGCUCUGUACACAGGUCGAACUGAGAGUUGGUGUCGGGACUCCGCUACGGAUCAGGAACUUUUCAGGAGUGAACUCUCUGUAGAGAAGACCUCAGUGUUACAGUCGGAGCUACAAUCAUGCAACCAGCUCCAAGAACUGGAGCCGCUCAAUAAGUGGUGCUUACUGACCAUUAUCCUCCUGAUGAGGGCACUAGACCCCCUGGGAUAUGAAAAGGAGACGCUUGCUCAUUUCCAAACGCUCAAAGAAGUCGACUCCAUGCGCUCGGCGUAUUACAGCGACCUGUGCAGCAAGUUCAUGAUCGAGAACACCAUCCUGAAAAUGGAGUACGCCGAAGUGCGCGUCUUCAGCAUUUCUGACAAGAAACUCACGACCUUAUGCCACCUGGACCAGCUGUUAUUGGUCACCCACAUCAAUCUGUCCUCUAAUCAGCUGCAGCGGCUGCCUCCUCAGUUCGCCAUGUUGCAGUGCCUGGAGGUCUUGGAGGCUGAUAACAACUCCAUAGAGAACCUGGAGGGAGUCUAUCACCUUCCCAAGCUGGAGGAAGUCCUCUUGAAGAAUAACAAAAUCUCUACACUGGCAGCUCUUCAGCCGCUGGCCUCCUGCCCCAAGCUGAAACGCCUCGAUCUCCGUGGCAACCCUGUCACUCAGACGGCCAACGUCGAGGCGGAGUUAGCCGAGCUGCUGCCCUCAGUCACAGACCUCCUGCUCUGAUCGGGAGUCACUGCCAUCGUCACCAUCCCCAUCACCAUCCCCAUCCCUCGGUCGUCCUUCACCUUCUCUCUUGUUUGUUUGUUUGUGAAAGCGCAAGUGCUCUCGUGACUCCGUUCCACUUGCUUGGAAGAAUCUCAAUCACGUCGUCUCCCCCCCUUGAGGGUUUUAAAACUUCAUGCUUCAGAGCGUAUGUCAGAAAAUCUCUAACACCUUCAGCGAAACGUCUAGAUUUCUGUGUGUGUAUGUGUGAGCGCGUAAUAACCAAUGUUGCAUUUCGUGUGUGUAUGUGUGAGUGCGGACGUCCUUAAUACAACAAAUGCAUGCUAAAACACUGAUAGGAGUAAAGUGACUGUAAACGGAUCGGCGUGCAGCAAUGCUGGCUUAUUGCUUCUAUAAGCAACUUAAACGAGAAGCUUAUACCAUGUUCAGAGCAUCGCAUAGUUCCCAUUCACAUUUUUUAAAACGGUUGUGUAAAGCAUUUAAUAUAUGACACUAUACUGUUGCACAGUAAGUCACAGACCCAGUAAUAAAACAGCACACAUUGUGUCACUGCCUUCCAGA